UCAGGUCGUCAGGGAUUGGCUGGUCUGGGUGGUGCCGAUGGUCCUCCCGGUCACCCAGGGAAGGAGGGUCCUCCAGGAAUGAAAGGAGCCGUCGGUCAUCCUGGUCCUCAGGGUUCUAUUGGCUACCCUGGCUCACGAGGUGUCAAGGGUGCCGAGGGUGUCAGAGGUCUGAAAGGCGGCGGCGGAGAAAAGGGAGAGGACGGUUUUCCAGGUUUCAAAGGAGACAUGGGCAUCAAGGGAGACAAGGGAGAGCUCGGUGUCCUAGGAGCCAGAGGUGAAGACGGACCUGAGGGCCCCAAAGGUCGAUCAGGCCCCAACGGAGAGGCCGGCCCCAUCGGGUCUGCUGGAGAGAAGGGUAAACUUGGUGUCCCCGGAUUACCCGGCUACCCAGGAAGACAAGGACCUAAGGUAUGUGAUAACAGCACAAAACUGACUGUGGUAUCUCUGUGUGUUCGUAUAUAUCUCUCUGUGUUACUGACUCUACCACCUAUCUCUCUCUAUAUGUUACUGAAAUAUAUAUAAAACACA